GCCGUUGGAAGAGGCUCCUCAAUUCUGGGGGCUUCAGGGCUGGAAUGUGUCACUCAUAUCUGCCUAGUGCUGCUUGUAGCUUCAGUGGACAGGAGGGAUGCGGUGGUUGUGACAGAUUUCUAGUCCUAGGGGCCCUAAGGUAAAGACAGGAAGAGGUUGUGCAGGAAGUUGUGUCUAGGGAGUGUUCCAGGAGAGCAUGUUCCCUCCCAAUGCUCCUGUGGAAAUCACUUGUAUCUUAGCUCAUCUUAGAGUUAAGGGCUUGGGGCUCUUUGUCAGGCAAUUGAAGUCUGGGGCUAGAAGAGCUAAAGAGAUUGGGGUCCAAAGUUUUUCCAGUGGUCUCCCCAAAGGAAGUUGCCUUUGAGUAGCACACACGUCUGUAAAUGCUAGAGCAGAGAUUAGAUCUGUAGUUUCUGCCGUUAGCUGUGGCCCCGUGGAGAUGUAGCGAACGCCUGGUCACCUAGCUGCUGACUAGAGUCCUCCGUACUCCCCUUGCCAGGCCCCAGUGCCACUGUACCACACAGCUGGCUGCUAGUCAGGGUCAUCUGGUAGGGUCUGUGUAGAUCCAAGCAAGUGUAGUGUCAUUGAGGCUCACCAAGAACUGUCAAAGGUCCACGGGCUGCAUGUGCCCGUGCCUGGUGACACCUACUGGCACUCUUCAGAGCCAAGGGGCCAACAGGUGGAGCUGGUGCCCUGUGUCUUCCUGUCCCUUGUGAUUCAGCCCCAGGAGGACAGAAGUUAAACACUGACUCCUGAAAGGCUGGCCUUGAGAGAGAGAGAGGUUAAGCGGCUUAGCAGGGGUGCCUUAGGGAGUGCAGAGCUGGGUUGGAUUCAGCUGUAGCAUAUGUCCACAUGUGCACGCCAGUGUCCUUCCUCCCCCUGUCUGGUCAUGGCCUACAAGGUACAGGGUUAGGGUCAAGAGAGGACUCCCACAAUGCCAGAAAUGAGGAUUUGAGACUGAAAUCUGGGUGAUACCAGCUCAUCAUUACUUAGAGUUGGAAGCAGGGAACAGAGUGGGGGAUGGGUAUAGGCUGCUCCAUUGUCUGAUGGGAUUACAGAUCACGUGUUUCACCCAUGCCUGUCCCUCAUGCAUGUCCUCUUGACCAUCCGACCUGAGAUCCUUUUCUCAGAAGCUUCUUACCUCAUGCACUUUGGAGCAUCUCUCUUAGCUGUGGUUCUCCUCUGUUGUACUUGUUCUUUGAGUGUCAGAUCCUGUGUUCUCAGUCUCUGGAAUACAACUGUGCAGUGAGUUACGCAGCCCCACGGUGAGCGCUGCCUUAAGCUCCUUUUAAGCUCAAGGGAACCAAGAGCUCCAGAAAUGGGUCAUUUAGAAUGUGCAGAUGUAGAACACAUUGGCAGCUGCAGAUCACAGCCUGUGGCCAUCAAGGGAAUUUGGAGCCAGUGCAGCACCUUGAGGAACUCUCAUCCGGAGUGCCUGAUACAGCAGGCAGAAGGAAGGCAGCUUUGUAGGAGCUGGGUUGGGUGGUUUGUAGCAUACACUCUUAGGGCCAGGCCAUGGUGGAAGCAGCAGGGCUCAGUGACUAGGGAAGAGGAUACCUGUGAAAAGGUGGUGAUGAGAUGUGGGUCAGGGGAAGCCUGGAGCCCAGACAGGAAAUUGGCGUACAGUGGUCGGUGUGACUGGGGAGAGCCAUAAGGGAGCAGUGUCAUUGAGAGGCACCACUGGUGACACUGAGUGAGUUUCUCUAGGACCCCUUAACUAUGCCUUUAUAUAGGUGGUCCUGUGUGCUUCUCAGGGACAUGUGCAUGUGUGUGUUCUGAGUAUGCAUGUGUGAUGUGCAUGCACAUGUGCCAUACUCAUAGUGCUUGUGCUCCUGUGGGUGAUAGAAUACCAGCACCAGUGCUUUUGUAAGAUUACCUCAUGGCCUACAUCAGGGAUUAAGAACACAAGACUUCCCUAAGCUGAUGCCCUUCCUGCAGCCUAUGCCUUUUGGACCAAAAGCUGUGUGGGCCUCACCCUUAGAGGCCAAAGUUGCUUGGGUUGGCAGACAGCCCCUCCAGCUCCCAAAUACCUUCCCUGAUCUCCCUUUUCCUCAACCUCAGUAGAGAGCAGCAGCUCAUGUCUCUCAGCCCCUGUGGUGGCUCUUCCCCAUCUGUCAGUGUGUCAGAUGCAGCCCUGGUUAUUUGAACAGGUGUAGUCUCAGGAGAAGGACAAGUAAUUCCUUUUCCUUCUUGCACAGUGGAAGAAUGGGGCUGAUCUCUUUGCAGCCAGUGCAGGCAGGGCUGGGUGCCCCAGGGAUUUAUUGAAGGGCGGGGUAUGGGCUUGGCAGAGAUUAGUCCCCUGUCCCUAGGUGUAGAGCAGCCAUUGACUCUUCCCAGGUUAACCACGGAGGCUGCAGCACAUCAAGCAUGGCAGGACCUAGGCCAGUGGUGCUGAGUGGGCCGUCAGGAGCAGGGAAGAGCACCCUGCUCAAGAAGUUGUUCCAGGAACAUGGCAGCAUCUUUGGCUUCAGUGUGUCCCAUACUACAAGGAAUCCACGACCUGGUGAGGAAAAUGGCAAAGAUUACUACUUUGUGACCAGGGAGAUGAUGCAGCGUGAUAUUGCAGCAGGGGACUUCAUUGAGCAUGCUGAGUUCUCGGGGAACCUGUAUGGAACAAGCAAGGCGGCUGUUCGGGCUGUGCAGGCCAUGAACCGCAUCUGCGUGCUAGACAUUGACCUACAGGGUGUGCGCAACAUCAAGAAGACUGAUCUGCAUCCCAUCUACAUCUCUGUGCAACCUCCCUCGCUGGCUGUGCUGGAGCAGCGACUGCGGCUGCGCAACACUGAAACUGAGGAGAGUUUGGCCAAGCGGCUGGCAGCUGCACAGGCUGACAUGGAGAGCAGCAAGGAGCCUGGCUUGUUUGACCUGGUGAUCAUCAAUGACAACUUGGAUAAAGCCUAUGCAACAUUGAAGCAGGCACUGUCUGAGGAAAUCAAGAAAGCUCAGGGAACUGACCAUGCCUGAGGGUCUGCUUCAUUCCACAGAGUGAUGCCUGUGCCCCAAAUAUAUCUGGGUUAUGAGGUGGGGUGGUCUUUGCCAGGGCACCAAGGACUUGUAUAGACUUCUACUGUGGAGUAGGAGGAGCUGCCCCUUGUCUGGCCACAUGGUGGCUCUUCACCCUGUGCUGGCUUGCUGAGGCUGAAGGACUCGGAAAUGUACUCACUUCUAUUCUCCCUGGGCUGUCCCUGUCCCUCCUGCUGGAGCAGGACUGACAUCCUAAUAAAGUAACUCUUGGGUUAGAA